AUGACACGCAAGCACCGGUGUCAGCGUCCUGUUCCGUCCAUCUCCACUGGCUAUUGGAUGCAGUUGCGAACGCCGCAUUGGCUGCUGCGCCCUUGGCCAACCUCCGUCGUCAUCAUAGACAACACAAAGUGCGGAGUUGUUUCGUACUUCCUUAAUGUUGGGCUAGGCGAUGGCAUUAUCGUGCUCAUGUUUACGGUCUCCACAGUUCAGCGUAUGAAGAAAGUUGAGCGAGCUGUCCUGAUGCAUGGCGGACCGGAUCCCUCAAAGAACGGCCAUGGAGACGGCCGGGGCGAACCGCACCAUAAUAUACCGCUGGUAGCGACGAUGUCCAGCGUGAACAUCGACCGAGCCAUCAGGGACAUCGAAAGAGACUUUGAGUGUCAGGGCGACCCGGACAGGAUAGAAGACCGCAAGCGUCUGGUCUUCGAUGGGUUUGUUGAGACACACUGGGACAAGGAUCUCGCUAGGGGCGUCAUGUGGUACCCCCUGCAAUAUAUGAUGGGAAAUCGGGAUUUCAGCAUCCUCAGUCGCGCGCGCUAUGACAAGGAUGACGAGCUAGAGACAUACUUCUAUGCACCGACUUAG